AUGUCACAAGUCACCACCAAUGACCAGCAGCGACCAGGCUUGUUGGCCCAAGCAGAGCGUAUCGCAGAGGACUUUGUCCUCAGCCCGGAAAAUGUUCGACGAGUUACAGGCCACUUUGUGCGCCAAAUGAAGGAUGGCCUCACGAACCACCGCGUCUGGCAGUUGCCGAGCUUUGUGAGAAGCGUGCCGACAGGAGCGGAGACGGGCACUUUCCUGGCUAUUGACCUCGGGGGAAGUAAUUGUCGAAUAUGCCUCGUGGAAUUACACGGCAAUUCUACCUUUGCAGUGACUCAACGCAGGUACAGGGUGCCACCUGAGGUCAUGGUCUGCCAGAGAUAUCAGCCUCUCUUUGAUUUUAUUGCAGAGAAACUCUCCGGUUUCCUUGUCGCUCACCCAGUCCCAAAUGGCAGAGAUCACCUGAGGGGGGAGACAGAGGAACAACGGAACACGCCGUAUAGAUUGGGGUUCACAUUCAGCUUCACCUGCGAGCAGACCUCGCUAGCUGGAGGUAACCUCAUCCGCUGGGAUAAGGACUGGGAUAUUCCUGACGCAGUGGGCAGAGACCCGUGUAUAAUGUUACAAGAAUCUAUCGACAAGCUGGGAUUACCAGUGUCAGUCACAGUGCUCGCCAAUGAUAGCGUCGGCACGCUGCUCACAAGGUCAUAUGCUGCGGGCCAAAAAACGUCCUCCACGCUGGCCGCCAUCAUUGUCGGCACUGGAACAAAUGCCGCAUAUGUCGAAAAGGUGUCUAAUAUACACAGACUCGGCGCCACGGGAGGUCAAUCAGACGAGAUCAUGGUGAUCAAUACCGAGUGGGGUUGCCUAGAUGACAAGAUGGAAGUUCUGCCACGAACGCCAUUUGAUGACGAAAUUGACGAGACCUCCACUGAUCCAGGCGUCCAGAUGUUUGAAAAGAGAGUAUCAGGACUGUAUCUGGGAGAGUUGCUGCGGCUGGCACUUGUUCGGUUGGUGCGGCAGGGUGCCUCGGAGAUGACAUUUGAUGAAGAAUCGCAGCUCUUUCGGAGACAAGGCAUCGACAGCUCCUUUCUCUCCGAGCUUGCGGUUUUGAGUAGUAAGAACGACUCUUCGCAAACCGUCAAGCUCAUCACAGACAAACUGCUGGCGAAGAAUGUCACGGCACUCGAUGUGAAAGCUAUACAGCUCUUGUCCGCUGCUAUUGUUCGACGAGCUGCACGGUUAGCAGGAGCGUCAUUGGCAGCCAUAAUCAUACAAAGUGGCCGAUUAGACCAACGCCCUUUGGCAUCGAAAGAUCCUAAUACCGAGGUCACAGAGUACCAGGCAUCAGAGACGAUACAAACUCCUAUGACAACCAGCGUAGGACGCUUCUGUCAUAAUCUGAGCUUGUUGUGGCGCCGAAUCCUUAAAUUUUUCACCGGGUUGAACUCUUCUUCGAAAGGCAGAUUCUUGCCCGCUGAUUCAUCAAAACCGACCCAGGGCUGUUGUCCGCAAGAUCAGAUCAUUGAUAUCGGUGCCGAUGGCUCACUGAUUGAAUUUUAUCCAACAUUUGAGACUGAUAUGCGCGGAGCCAUGCAGGAGGUGCCAGAAAUUGGACCGGAUGGUGAGCGAAGAGUCCGUAUCGGUUUGGCUAAGGAUGGGUCUGGCGUUGGCGCUGCAUUGAUGGCACAAGCAGCGUUGAGACAGAAAUAA